CAUAUUUAGGAUCAAGAUCAAAAUGCACCAAAGGAAAUUCUGCCCAGUGCUGAUACUGACAGAAAGGACUCAAUACACAAAUUGACUCAUGAUGAAAAUCCCUGUUUACAAGAAAAUCAACACCAUCAACACGAGUGUACAUCUGCGAACAAUAAUGUUGGAGAUUCCCAGAUUGUGUCUACAGUGGCUGGCACCAAGCAGCCCGAAGGUACAGAGAUCCAACAGAGCAGUCCAUCUGAAAUUAGUGAUGAAACUGUGGACAGUAUGUGUCCAAAUCAGCCUCAACAGAAUUCACUUAUUCAGGGAGAGUUGGAGCACGAAAAUGAAAAUGGACAUAAGGAAACUCCACUCAGUGGCAAUAGUUCCAAUGAGAACAUCAGCCUGAUGCCUACCAUGACUGAGGAGAUCCAUCCAGGACUGAAAGAAGGAACAGGUUAUCAAAAUGACAAGAGUACAGGUAUACCUGAGGGCACUAAUGUUGGAGACACAGCAAACGUGUCCACCGUAGCUGACAUUCAACAAUCGAGAGAUGCAGUGUUACAGCAGGACAGUCCAUUUGUAGUUAGGGAUGACGACGUGGAUGAUGUUGGUGCAAAUUUAUUCGAUCCCACUCCAUUCAUUCCGAUGGAAUUUGAGAAGAAAGAAGAAAAUGCUUCCCCUGAAGCCAUGCUCCGUAAUAACAUCUGCAAUGACACUAAGCCCACGCAUGAAGCAAAUGCAGAUACAGCUCUACAUCCCCACCCAAAAGGAGCUCAUGGAGAAUCUGAAGAUGCUGAUCUGCGCGGAGAUGUCAUGGAACCGAACUGGAAGAAAUUCAAUAACAUGACGACAGACCCUAAAAGUUUACCUCACAAUGAGGAGACGCAGGAAAGUGUAAACAUUCGGUCACCACAGAAACUAUCCGAGGAUGAAUUACCCAGCGAGGGACAUGUUAAAAAUACAAUCCCAUUGUUCGAAAAUGCAACGCCUCAAAAGGAUCUAGACAAUGUGAAGAAUACCCCUGCAGGUCCUCGCCACUUCAUCGAGAGUCCCAAAUUAAACAGCCUACCGAAAGAGGGGACCAUUUUUACCAGCAGUCCCAGUGGAGCAGGCGACAGUAAUGAGCAAGUCCACGAAAUUUCGGGUCUGAAUGGAGGCAUCAUGGACCGGAACUCGAGUGAGGAAUUCAGAAACAUGCCUGAAGUCUCAGAAAUUUCACAUGGUAUCAAGGAAAAGGACGAUGCUGUAUGCAUCCAAUCACCUCAGAAGCCAUUCGAGGAUGAUUUGAAGUGUUGUAAAGAGGGAUAUGUUAAAGAGAUAAUCCCAUUGUUCUUAAAUACAACACCACAGGAGGAUCUGGAUAAUGUGAAGUAUCCCUCUCCAAGUACUAGUCCUUUUAUCAGGAAUCCCAGACCAACUGGUCUUCAGCAAGAGGAGAACAUUUCUAUCAGCUGUCCAAGUGACAAUGUGCUUCCAGACAGAAUGAACAAUGAUUUCCAACAGGCAGUGAAUACAAACGGACCUGGAGCAGAUGAUAGCAGUGAACACGCGUCCAAAAUGUUCAGUAGUUAUGGAGAUGUCAUGAACCGGAACUCGUGCGACGAAUUCAGAAAUGUGAUCACAGUCGUGGAAAUUUUACCUCGUAACAAGGAGAGGGAGGAUGCUGUAAACAUCCAAUCGCCUCAGAAAACUUUCGAGGAUGAACUGCAGUGUUGUAAGCAGGGACAUGUUAAGGCUACAAUCCCAUUGUUUUCAAACACAACACCUCACAAUGAUCGAGACCGUGUGAACAAUCCUGCAGCAAGUAUCAGUCCUCUCAUAGGGAAUCCCAGACCAGCUGGGCAUCAGAAAGAGGAGAAAAUUUCAAUCAGCAAUCCCAAUGACAACAUGUUCCCAGACAGAAUGAACAAAGAUUGCCAUAAGGUACAGAAUACAAUGGGACACGGAGCAAGUGGCAGCAGUGAACACAUGCCCAAGAAAAGUUCUGCUUUGUAUGGUGACGACAUGGCCUCGACUUGCAGAGAGGACUUCAGAAACAGGACAACAUUCUCGGGAGGUUUACCUCGCAAUAGGGACAUACAGGGUGGUGCAAACAUCCAAUCACCUCAGAAACCAUCCCAGAGUGAAUUGCUGCAAAGUAGAGAUGGAUAUGUUAAAGAUAUGACUGAAUUGUUUUCAAAUACAACACCUCAGAAGGAACAGGAUAACACAAAGAUUCCUCCUGAAAAUACCAGCAUGUCCCAGGACAGUAUGAGCAAAGAUUUCCACCAGGCAAGGAAAACAAAAAGACCUGGAGCAGGUGAUAGCAGCGAGCAUAUGUCAGAUGAUGAGGUUAAGCUGCAAGAAUUUCUGAGGAUGGUCUCAGAGAAGGAUCUCCAAGUUAUCACAACACAGUUCAAAGAGAAACUGAAAGGUGCAGUCGAAGAGUUUGGUCAACAGCUUGUGCUGGCUUUACUUAGUAAACAACUAAUUUCUCAGAAAGAUUGCGAGCAUGCAAGGAAGCUGUUAAAAGAAAAAUGCAAGAACGAAGCUUCAACAUUCAUUUUCGAUCAAGUAAGAGUGACAGGAUUUGAAGCAGUGAAGAUGAUGUGGGAAAUAUGUGUAAAUACAAAGGGUGUGACCCCAAAGCUGAAUGAAAUACGGAAUGAUUUAAUAAAGAAAGUUGAUGAGGCUAACCUAAAUGAAUUUCUGAGGAAUGGCUCAGAGAAUGAUUUCCAAGUUAUCACAAAAUACUAUAGAAACAGUCUGGAAGAUGCAGUCGAGGAAUUUGGACCACAACUCGUGGUGGCUUUACUUAGUAAACAAUUAAUUUCUGACAAGGAAAGCGAGCACAUGAGGAAGCUGAUACAUGAAAUGAGCAAGAGCGACGUUUUCCAGUUGAUUCUUGAUAAAGUAACAGUGAAUGGAAUUGAAGCAAUGAGGAAAAUGUGGGAAACAUGUUUGAAGCUGAGUGCUGAGGCGCCCACACUGAGUAAAAUACGGAAUGAUCUACUCAAGCAUGAAACGUUCAGAGCACACACAUCUCCCAAACGUUAAGUCAUGGUGCCCGAGCCAAAGCCUGAACACACCAGAAUAUAUAAAACGCUUAAAUAUACUUAACAUUGGAAAUCAUAUUCUGCAUGGUACAUGAACGUGUAAUUUCAUUGGUCUGAAGGCGACAGAAAUCAGGAGCAAGUGGAGAGUUGAUUCAGUACAGAGUGUAAAACAUCACCCAACAUGAGUUAUGAAAUAAACCUCAGAUGCAAAUGUAUCCAUUCCUUUUAAGAAAUUUCAUUAUUGAUAAUGAAGUUGUAAACAAUUUACUAAAUGGCUAACCUCAUCAUCAUCGAAUCCAACAAUGCUGAAACAGGCCGGUCAGUCCAACAAGUCCACACUACCCCUCUGAAGAGCACCACACUCCGACUCAUUCCCCUACCCCUGCAUAUUUCCCCAUGUCUAACCAACCUAACCUAAACAGCCAUGGACACUACCGGCAAUUUAGCAUGGCUAACUUACCUAACCCUCACAUCUUUGGAUUGUGGUAAGAGACCGGAGCAAACCCACACAGAAUGUCUGUGUGGAAUAUGCGCAGUCUCCUAAGGUUACAAUUGAAUCGGUGCCCCUUAUGCUAGCGCUAUCCACAGAGCCAUCAUGCCACCCAAACUUGAU